GAUCUGAUUGUUUGCUGUACAACAAAUCUAACAAGCUUAUAAUAAGACAUCUGUAUUCAAUUCAACAGUCAAUGGAACAGAGUCAACAACCACUGGUGCCACAACAACACAAGUGACUCAGUCAGCAACCUCAGACAAUGGAACAGAGUCAGCAACCAGUGUUGCCACAACAACACAAAUGACUCAGUCAACCUCAGACAAUGGAACAGAGUCAGCAACCAGUGAAACCACAACAACACAAAUGCCUCAGCCAACAACAUCAGCCAAUGGAACAGAGUCAACAAUCACUGGUGCCACAACAACACAAGUGACUCAGCCAGCAACUUCAGCCAAUGGAACAGAGCCAACAACCAGUGAAACCAUAAUAACACAAGUGACUCAGCCAACAGUCUCAGCUAAUGCAACAGAGUUACCAGCUACUGUAACUCCAACAACACAUCAACCAACUCAGCCAACAGGUUCAGGCAAUAUGACAGAGUCCCCAACUACUGUAACUGCAACAACACAACAAGCAACUCAGCCAACAGCUUCAGGUAAUGUAACUUCAGAGGCAGUCACUAACAUAACUACACCAUCAAUCACCACCAUGGCAGUAACCACGCAGCAAACAGGUACAACUUCACCAACAUUCAGUGAAACGCCACUAUCUACUCUGUCACCUGUCAGCCAAACCUCAGCACCUACCAUCGCAACUUUGUCAUCUACAAUGCCAUCAACUAAACCAACAACUACUACAACUGCUGCUACAACUACAACCACAACACCUGCACCACCACAAAAGCCAAGAGUUAUAUUAGAAUUUAAGGUGCAGCAACAAUACAAAAGGGAGUUGGAAAACAAAUCAACGCCGGAGUUCAAAGAUCUUGCCAAAAAUGUGUCUUCAGCACUUGAUGCCGUCUAUUCCCAGAGAUUUGGAUCUAUUUUCAAUCGAACUGAAAUAAAAGGAUUCAGAGAAGGAUCGAUUGUCGUCGAUUCUGAGCUGAUAUUCAAUAACAUCACAGAAAUACCGAAUGCCAGUGUCAUUGCUGAAUCUUUAAAGAAUGCAAGCUCCACCCCAGGUUUUGGCCUUAAGGUCAACAUAUCUACUAUUGCUGCAGCUGUUGAAAUAUCUACAACUCCAUCACCCACAACUGCCAUCCCAACUACGGCUACAACAUCAGUGAACAUGACAUCCAUAACAGCCUCACCAACACCAGAUACAACAUCUGUACCAGUCGGUCCAACAUCACCAGCAGUUGACACCACCUCAACUCCAUUCAAUGCAACUUCUGUAUCACUCAGUCCAACAUCACCAGCCGGUGACACCACCUCAACUCCAUUCAACGCAACUUCUGUAUCAGUCAGUCCAACAUCACCAGCAGUUGACACCACCUCAACUCCAUUCAAUGCAACUUCUGUAUCAGUCAGUCCAACAUCACCAGCCGGUGACACCACCUCAACUCCAUUCAACGCAACUUCUGUAUCAGUCAGUCCAACAUCACCAGCCGGUGACACCACCUCAACUCCAUUCAACGCAACUUCUGUAUCAUCCAACAUCACCAGCCGUUGA